CUCGACGGUUAGAUACGUUUAAUCGGUUGGAAGAAUUGCAAGUAUAUUAUUGUUGAUAAUUUAAAACUAUCAAAAAUGGCACUAAACGGUAAGAUUUAUAUUUUUCAUGAGUAGCUUUGAUACUUUAUAGUAUAAUUAAAUCAUUAUGGAAAUAUUUUCUACCAGCAAAAUGUGUAACGUUUCCAAAACAUUUCUUACUGGGGACAGCAACCUCAGCGGUCCAAGUUGAAGGAGCCUGGAAUGAAGACGGUAAGUUUAAAAAAUUUUGAUUAACAAAUAAUUAUUAUAAUGACAUCUCAAAAUUUAAAGACAAAUAUAAAAACGAUUAAUAUACGUAACAGAUUAAAAUUGAAUAAUGAACAAUAUAAAUAAAAAUUGUAAUAGCAAUACGUCAUAAUUGAAAAUUAUUAAUUAUAACAAACAACAACAAAAAAUAUUUUUAGGAAAAACGCCAUCAAUGUGGGACGAUUAUUUUCACAAUUCUGGUGGAAAUAAGACGUACAGGUACUACUUAGACAUGGACACUUCCCUUAUUGAACAGUAUAAAUGUAAAGGUGUACAACCGAGGUUAGUCGAUGAAUAUAAAGGAAUGGCGGUAUACGAAGUCCCAGCGUCUAAAGUUAUCGAUGAAGAAUAUUUCAAUUUUAACGCGGAUAUUGCUGCGGAUACGUACCAUAAAUUAGAUACAGACAUUCAACUUCUUAAAGAUUUGGGAGUUGGUUUCCGAUUUAAUAAAAAAUGGUCCAAAUAAAAAUAAUUUAUCUAUCCAUUUAUUCUAGGUCCAAGCUUAUAGGUUUUCUAUAAGUCCCACCAGAGUAAUUCCGGACCUACAUGACCAUUUACCAGGACAAAAGGGAAUAGAUUAUUAUAAUAAACUAAUCGACAAGUUAAUUGAAAACGGUAUAACGCCAAUGGUAAAUAUAUUGUUUGAAUAGUAUUCUCAAUAACCGCAUCCAACUAAAUUUUACUUUUGUUUUUUGUUUACAAGUAAACGUUAUUAUUUAUUAUGAGCUGAUGUAUUUGUAAGAGUUUAGAAUAAAAUGUAUAAUUAUUUUCGCGUUAUUAAAUUUAGGCAACGUUGUUUUAUUAUGAUUGCUCGUCAGACGGAAAUACUUUCGGUGGAUUAUUGCAUUCACAUAUCAGAACACUAUUUGAGGGGUAUGCUAGAUUGUGUUUUGAAAAUUUCGGAGAUCGAGUAAGUCAUAAUACUUAAUAUCAUAUGAUAAUAAUGUAUUCAUGUAUCUAUAAAUAAUAAUCGUUUUUAAAGGUAAAAUAUUGGACAACGUCUGCAGACCUACAUAUAGUAGCCGAAGGAUACGGUUCCGAGCAUUUUGUACCCGGAUUUCAGGAACAUCAAUUUAGUGGAUUUUUAGACUACAUGGCAAUACAUAACAUAUUGCUCUCUGCAUCAAACGCUUACAGAAUGUACAACAAAGAAUUUAAGGCAAAACAGCAAGGUAAUAUUAUAUUUAAUAUAUUUAAUUACGCCAGUGGAUGAGGUCCAAGUAACAACAAUAGUACAGGUUAACUGAUAACAACAAGAUACGAUUACUAUAAAUUCAUUAACUAUGUCAAUUACAAAUCCAUUGCGAAAAUUCACAGUUUACAAUAACAAUAAUAAUAAUAAUAAUAAUAUUCUCGUUUAGGCGAAGUAAGCAUUGCCAUUAAUGGAACCUGGUUUUAUCCUAAAGACCCGAAUAAUCCGGAGCAUCGAAGAAUCGCUAAACUCGCACGUCUCUCAACUGUAAAUUACAAAUAAACAUUUUUAAUUCAAUCUGUUUUAUCUUAUUAGUUAUGUUAUAUGAAUUAUUUUAGUUUGGUAUGAUCUUGCAUCUUUUAGCCAAAGGUGAGUAUCCCAAAGAAGUCGUAGAAGCCGUUGAAAAAAAUAGUAAACGUGAAGGUUUUAAAACGGGCCGUCUGCCAAAAUUUACAGAACAAGAAAAAGAAGUCGUCGUGGGUAAUUGAUAAUUUGAAUGAUUAAGUAACAACGUAGCAGUAUCUAUUUAAUAAACUAAUGAAACAAAAGUUUUACCCAGAUGUAAAAGUAAAACAAAUAUGAUAGUUGACCAUAUAAUAUUUUUUUCAACAGGAGCAUUCGAUUUCAUUGUAUUUAAUUACUACAGCAGUAUAAAAGUUCGACCAUUAACCGAGGAAGAAUUAAUAAAUGAACCAAAUCAUAAAAGAAGAGAUCGAGGAUACUUCAUGGAGUUUGAUAACAUAUGUCCAGCCGAAGUACUACUGUUACAUUUAUACAUUUUUUUUUUACUUUUUUAUUUAAUUAAAGAGGUGUCUUAUGUUCUAUAAAUUGUAAUUUUCUUUCUGAAUCAAGGUGUAUGAUGGAUUCUUAAAUUGCUUGAAAUAUGUUGACGAAGUGCUGAAGCAACCGAAGAUAUUCAUUGGUGAAAAUGGUUUUCCCGAGAACGACGAUGUUGAUAAUAGCGAUAAAAAAGUAGCUUAUCAUACAGUAAGUAAACCAUAAUUUUAAAAAUUAAAAUCAAUAUUUAUUUGCGUGUGAUUAAUUUAGAUUUUAAUAUUAACGUGUAUAUAUUUAGUAAAUAUGUUUUUUGUUUAUUUCAUUUUUAGGGAAUUUUAGAUAAACUCCUAGAAGCGUUGGAUCAAAAUAUUAAUGUAAUAGGUUACUGUGUCUGGUCAUUCGUAGAUACUCUGGAAUUCACAUUUGGUUACAAGUAAUUUAAAUUUAUAUAAUAUUUAUAUCGAUUUUCAAAUUUAUAAGUCUUACGAAUUGCUUUUCAUAAAAUAUUUUAUUAAUGCUCAAAUCAUAAUCAUGUUGUAAUCGAAUAUCUAUAUUACGUUAUAGGAAGAAAUUUGGAAUUUAUGCUGUGGACUUUGAAGACAAAUCAAGGCCAAGAUCAAAGAAAAAUAGUUUUUCGUUUUUUCAACGGUUAUUCAAGACCAAGCAAUUAAAUUAAUUAAGUAAUGGUUUAAAUUUAAUCAAAAUAACGUAUUAAAAUAUUAGAAAGGUGUAGUUUAGAUUAGACAAAAAGUGUAAAAAAA